AGACACGGUCUGGCGCUGGUGCGGAUGCAUUGGAUGACCUCGAAGGACGCCAUGACUCCCCGGCCAGCCUGCGCGCUGUCGGACUACAUCUCCCAGCAGCUCCCGCGCUCCGCCGGAAGUGGGAGGGCGUGGGACGCGCGCUGCCUUGUGGGAGCGUUGGCGGCGGCGGCAGCGGUCUCCAUCAUGGCGGCUUCCAUCUCGGGCUACACGUUCAGUUCCGUCUGCUACUUCAGCGCCAACAGCAGCGCCGACCACGAAGGGUUUCUGCUAGGAGAGGUAAGACAAGAAGAGACCUUUAGCAUCAGUGACUCCCAGAUCAGCAACACAGAAUUUCUACAGGUAAUUGAAAUCCACAACCAUGAGCCAUGUUCAAAACUCUUUAGCUUUUAUGACUAUGCAGGCAAGGUUAAUGAGGAGAGUUUGGACAGGAUUCUUAAGGAUCGAAGAAAAAACGUUAUUGGAUGGUACAGAUUUAGGAGAAACACUCAGCAGCAAAUGUCCUACAGAGAGCACAUCAUCCAUAAACAGCUGACCCACAUUCUUGGAGUGCCUGAUCUCGUCUUCCUUCUCUUCAGCUUCAUUUCCACUGCAAAUAACUCAACACAUGCUUUAGAAUAUGUGCUUUUUAGACCAAACCGAAGGUAUAAUCAAAGAGUGUCCCUUGCUAUUCCUAAUCUAGGCAACACUAGUCAACAGGAGUACAAAGUGUCUUCAGUGCCAAAUACGUCUCAGAAUUAUGCCAAAGUUAUUAAGGAAUACGGUACUGAUUUUUUUGACAAAGAUGGAGUGAUGAAGGACAUCAGGGCUAUCUAUCAGGUUUAUAAUGCACUUCAGGAAAAAGUGCAGGCAGUAUGUAUAGAUGUAGAAAAAAGUGAACGUGUGGUUGAAUCUUUUCAAGCUGAUGUGAACAAGUUAAAAAGGCAAAUUGCACAAAGGAAAAAUGAAAAAGAACAAAAAAUAAGAUUGCAGCAAGCAAUUUUAAGUAGGCAAAUGCCAGCAGAUAACUUGGAACCUAUGUUUGUUCCACGAAUGUCCUACACUGGAUUUGCAGUGGAAGGCUGCACGCUCGAAGAUUCAGACGUCUCUGAUCCUCCCCCUCCAUAUUCGGAUUUCAGUGCAGCCAGUCAAGAAAGUACUGUCAGUCACAGUCUCCUGGAAAGCAGUGUUUUUAUGCCUCGACCUCAAGCAGUUGGUUCUUCUGGUUACGUUUCAACAAACACAGGAUUGAAAUAUUCUGGUAAUGGAGCAUCCAUGCCAUCUUCCCAAAGAGCGGUUGGUGACAAUGUUGAUGAGUCAGAAGACAGUGAUUACGAAAACUUGCUUGAACCUACAGAGUCAUCUGACAGUGAAUACUCACAGACGAGGGAUUCACGGCCUUCAGCACAUCCCGAUGGUGACUCCAGGAACACUCAAACUUCUCAGAUUUGAUAGGGGGGAAAAAAAAAUGGAUGUGACACUGUUUUUCAUUGUUGUUACAGAGAGACCUUGGGGAUUAAACCUGGAGGAGAUGAACUACACAGGAUUACUGUGCACACAAUGUAGAAGACUUGCACUAGAUGGUUUAUUCACCUCGUGAUACAUUUUGCAAGUUUUGUAAUGGAAUCAUCAUUAGGAUAAUCAAGUUGUACUAAUACUGAUGAGGUUCAUGGAUGUACUGGUAAACUUAGGCAAAAUGAAAUUUAUAGAAAUCCUGUAGCUUUUGUUGCCGUAUUUUCUUUAAGACAAUAAAUUGGGUUGUAGUAACUAAGCACAGUUAGUCUACAAGUAAUGUUCUCAAAUCAAAACUUACCUCUUGCACUAUCAUGCCUUGAAUUUUAAUUUUUGAAAGGGAAAAAAAAAAAUGUAUCGGCCGCCUUCAAAAUAGCUUUCUGUGAUAAGCCAAAUUGGCCUUUCCGAGCAAAGAGAUGUUGAUAAUUCUGAGAAGCCUGACUGGAACAGAUGUAGUCUACCUUCUAUGGGCAUGCUCUUUUAACAGAGAAGGGGUUUGUUUCAACAUUUUUACUAGCAGAAUGUGUCUAUCACUUAUAAUGUUGGUUGCCUUCUUUUCUGUAAAGGGUUUUGGGGGGUGGGAUGGCUGAUAAAUCAUCCGAAUGAAUGUCAUAAAUAUUACUCUUCUGGUUUUGCUGGGUUUACAAUGACUGUAUGCCACACUAGCCUCAUUUAUUGUCUCGUUUGUUAUUUUAGUAUGAAUACAAAGUGCACAUACAGGAGCAAAUGACUGACGGAAGUGGUAAAUUCCAUCGUGGUUGGACUUUGGAGUCUGCAAAUUGCAAACAGCAGAGACUGCUUCUUGCAUUUUAUUUGCAUCUGAAUAUUGGAUUUACGCUUCUAGAUGAGUUAUUUUAUGUAAUAAAUAGGGGAUGGGGUGGGAGAAGAUUGUUUGGAGAGUCCCCUGGGUUUAUUACCUCUUUUCCUCUGGAUGAAAUGUGUAAAUGAUUAUUUUAAUUUGAACUGCAGCUCAUCAGAAAAUUGCCAUUUGGGAUAAAUGAAGUGUGGUGUAUUUAGAGAAUUUCAUGUUUGGAUGCACUUAUUUUUAUUUAAUUACUGCUUGUAUACUAACGUUGCCCAAAAUAUGUGAAAUUAUGCCACUAAAACGUUUGUAUUAUUGGAUUUAAUCCCUGAUCUGUAAAUGAGAAAACACACAGUUUACGAUGAGGACAUCGUAAGCAUUUAUCACUUUGAGAUGUGAGCAACCACUUUUGGUUUAUGCCUAGAAGAACAAAGCAGUCACACUGAAGGUGGGAAUGCAUCAGAUUUACAAAAGACUGAAACUUCAGCACGUAUGUGGGAAAAGCUCUGCUCAUUAGCCUCUCUUUACCUGUACUAAAUUAAGCAAAACGAGAUGUGAAAUCUGCCACUCUUCGAGUGCUUCCACCAUUCAGCAUCUCGUGGUCUGUUUUAACUAUUCUACACGAUUCUUGUUAGCCUUAAGCUGUUGCAUUUUGUCUUUGGGAUUUGCAGUCCAUUGAACAGAACUGGUUCUGGGUGCAUUGCUGCUGUCAGUGAGCGCCUGCAGCUCGGCUGUCCAUGCGUGUGUCGAGAUGAGAAUUGACAAGAUGGCAACUCUGGUUUUAUUUUUAUUCCGCACAGAAACCUGCAAAAUGUACAUCUCUGACAAAGCAGUUAAAUGUGACAAUAAAAUCUUAUUUAAUCCUGUAA